AUGAUCCCUGAGGGUCUCCAAUACUCAUCCAUCGCCGAUGUUGUAGCUAAGAUCAAGUCUCUCAACAUGAACUCUGUCCGUAUGGGCUGGGCCACUGAGAUGGUUGACGAUAUUCUGGACAACGGCGGUGAUGUGUCGAUCAAGGAAACCAUGACUCGUAUCCUUGGCGAAGAGCUCGCUGUUGACGUUGUCAGCGAUAUUCUGAAACACAAUCCCUCCUUCACCGAAGAAACGACACGUCUCGAGGUGUGGGACGCCGUCGCCGCAGAGCUCCAGAAGGCGGAGCUGCACAUGAUUGUCAACAACCACGUCUCCAAGGCCGUCUGGUGCUGCAGCCCAGACGACGGCAACGGCUGGUUCGACGACACGUAUUUCGACGUCGUCAAGUGGAAGCGCAGCCUGGACUUCAUGACCAGGCACGCCAAACAGAACUGGCCCGCGGCAACGGCUCAUUCCCUCCGUAACGAGCUCCGCAUAGUCAACUCGGCCGCCAACGACACCUACGGCUGGUCGCGCUGGUACGACGAGAUGACCGACGCCGCCGCCAUCGUCAACGCCGCCGAUCCAGACGCUCUUGUCAUCUACUCAGGGCUCAACUAUGACCACGAGCUCAAUCCUAUCACGACUAAGCUCCCACUAAGCGAGACGGACCCGCGCGUUUUCGACCUGGCCGACUUUGACUACGCCGACAAGAUUGUGUUUGAGCUGCAUACCUACGAUAACUGGAUGACCAACUGUACCUUCUUCCAGAGCGAGCUGUAUAACCGUGGCUUCAACGCGCUGGAUACGUCUGCCGAGAGUACAAGUCGCAACAUUGCGCCCGUGUUCUUCUCGGAAUUUGGCUUCGCACAAAACGGCACAGAUUACCUUGGUGUGUAUGCCCAGUGCCUGAAAGACUUCAUCACCGGCGACAAGCGCAUAGGUGCUGCUAGUCGUAUCGAAGGACCUAUCGGAUGGCUGCAGUGGACAAUUGGGGGUUCGUACUACAUGAGGCAGGGAAUUCCCGAUUUCGACGACUGGUGGGCCAUCUUGAACCAUGAUUGGAGUAAUUGGAGAAACGAGACGGUGCUGAAGGCAUGGCAGAUUCCAAUGGUGGAAGCGGUGCGAGCAGCGAUCCCGAGUUGA